AUGAUAAGUAAAGUGACAAAGGUGCCACCUGAUGGUGGGUACGGAUGGGUCGUGACAUUUGCAUACGCUCUAAAUAAUGUAGUUGUUCUACCACUGAUAGCUGGUUUCGGAUUAGUUUUUCAAGAAGCAUUCGAUGAGACAGGCCUAACAGCAACACAAGGCACUCUCAUCAUUACACUCAACCAUGGCAUCGGUAUGCUGUUGUCCUUCUUUGGGGGCCCGGUGUUGCGACGAUUUGGAUAUAGAAAAGUGGCCUUAUUUGGUGCUGUCCUAAUCUUCUCUGGACUUGUACUGACAGCCGCUGCUUCUGACUUCUGGAUUUUUAUUUUAUCAUACAGUAUUAUCAACUCUAUGGGCGUUGCAUCUGUAAUGGCAGCCUUUACUUUAGCAAUCAACUCCUUUUUUAAAGAAAAGAGAGGAAGAGCCAUCGGUGUCGGAAUGUCGAUCACAGGAUUAGGGCAAAUAUACAUGCCCUUGGUUAUGAGUGCUCUCAUGUACGCAUUUGGGUGGCGAUAUGCUGUACUUAUAUUAGGAGCUCUUUGCUUACAUUCCCUUGUAGCGGCUUGUUUGUUAAGACCAGCUAAAUGGUACUACAAAGACCCUCCAAAAGACGAAGAAGAAUUACCUCUUAAAGAACAAAGUGCAGAAUUAAUCAACGGUAGUGUAACGACCUCUUCGAAACAUACUGGAUUAAAUUCCCAGCUGCGACUAGAAGAAUCAGUAGAGAAUGGAAUACAUCCACCAAAAAGUUUAUCAAUGAGAUCUCUUUCGAAUGGUAUAAGUUUACAAACCAGAAAUGCUGUAUCACAUCCCGAUAUAAGCAAAAAAUCUCCGGAGCCACCACUUCAUGAGGCUCGAUAUAAAUGGUGGGAAUCUCAAGAAAUAAAUUUGGGUAGUUCCUUCAACAUAUUCAGUGAACCUGAUACAAAGAAGAAUAGUGAUGUAAAAAAUAAAGACGUUGUGAUAAACGAGAAAAUUGAGAAGGAAAAAGGAUUUAUACAAAAAUUCAUUCAGUUUUUUGAUCUCACUUUACUGCGCGAUCCGAUUUUUGUAAAUAUAUUAAUUGGAUUAUCGGUGGCCGCUUGUGUGGAAACGAACUUUUCUUUAUUACUGCCUAUUAUUUUGAAGGACAUGUUAAAGUUUGAGACUAGUGAUAUUGGCAAAGUGAUGGCUGUAAUAGGUUUUUCGGACACAUUAUUUCGCUUAGUUUCCCCAUUUAUAGGAGAAUGGUGUCAAAAGCCUCCACGAGUGAUGUAUAUGAUCGGCUUAGUCCUUAUAGUUCUCACCAGAACAAUUAUGCUAUUCACCACAUCCUUCAUCGGUAUGAUAUUCGUUGCUCUAGCAAUGGGCAUCACCAAAGGCCUAAGAACAGUUUAUAUGAACAUCGUGAUUCCCAGCUACAUCCCCUUAGAGAGACUUGCAUUCGCAUCGGGCAUACAAAUGUUUGUCAAUGGCAUCACUAUAAUUGGACUUGGAUCUUUACUAGGUCGGAUUCGUGAAGCCUCAGGAUCAUACGGAAUACCAAUCAUCGUGUUAAACAUCUUUACUUUGCUUACUGUGUUAUUGUGGAGUGCAGAAUUUUUAUAUUUAAAGAUCAACAAAAAAAAUAUUCCUCAAGAACAAGAUGACUCGUGA